AUUUGUGUUGGAGGGACUGUGGGGGAACCCCGCAGCGAGACCUAGGAAGCACGACAACAACACUCAUCAGAGGGAAAAGUCGCGCCCACUGCCACCGCGUCCAAAGAUGAUCGAUGAUCAAGAUCUGGGUUUCUUUGCCAAUUUUCUUGGCGUCUUCAUCUUUGUACUAGUGAUCGCGUAUCAUUUUGUCAUGGCUGACCCAAAGUUCGAAGGAAACUAGUAAUGCUUUUAAGUUUAAGAUGUAAUUUUGUGUUGUAGACUUGGGAAUGUGAACGUUAGCUUACUAAAACUUCCAUAAACAUCAAAGGAGCAUAACAUUUCAAUUUUUGCUAUACUUAUGCGUGCUCCCUUAAGUUAUUUUUUGCUGUUAAGGAGUGUUUGUUGGUAAACUAAUGAAAAUACUGGAUUUUCUUUAAGAUUAGAGGAUUUUGCUUGAUGAUGUGCUACUA